GGUUUUUGUGUAAUUGGUUCUCAGUGGUCCGGACCAACAUGCUUUUGUCCAGAGGAAUACAGUGGUAGCUAUUGUGAACACAGUAAUUACAAAGAAAAGCCCGGUUAUUGUCCCCAAAUGCAUAGUUCGAUGAUAGUAAAUGCUGGUGUAUGUGAUGAUACUUGCUAUGAUGACAUAGAUUGUAGUGGCUUUCACAAAUGUUGUUCUACCGGUUGUGGAAUGGCCUGUAUGAUACCUACUGAUGAUUUUUGUCUCUGGAAUAAUACUAAAUAUUAUCUGGAGGAGAGUUUUCAACCAACGACUUGUCUGGUCUGUACGUGUUAUGAUCCUAAUAACAAUGUGGAAUAUGGUGGAGCUACUUGUACCUACAUUCCGUGUCCAGCUAUCCGUCCUGACUGUGCUAACAUCGUACCAGGUGAAUGCUGUGCUAGAUGUAUUGAUGGCGAAGCUCAAGUACAAUGGGAAGAAUAUAAAGAGCCAGAGUUUACUAACUGUCCAGCAACCAACAUAGAGAUCGAUCUAGCAGUUGAUUCUAACUCAGUUGAUUUACCAAUCAAAUUAAAAUCUCGAGAUUAUUUAAACUACGAUCUGGACGUAACUUAUUCUGCUACAACGUUUACUAUUGGUCCGGACGGGUCUAAUUAUUUUACAGUAACCGCUACUAGUUCUAUGGACGUUAUGGGAAAUCGAGCUACGUGUUCUUUCCAGAUCAGAGUCAGGGAUCGUCAACCGCCGGUGUUCACGAGUUGUCCAUCAGAUAUAACGUCGACAGAUGAGAAAGUGAGUUGGACAGUUCCUGUUGCUACAGACAAUGUUGGACUGGCUAUACAUCCUAAUUCUAGAAAUACCCCAGGUGAGGUGUUCACACGAGGAGAACAUACCAUAGUUUACAAAACAGCUGAUUACGAAGGAAAUAUCGCCAACUGUAUCUUUCUAGUAAAGAUUAAUACACUAAAAGAAAGUAAAUCGGAAAGACGAGCCAGGCUUGGUUUAAAAUCCGUUACGUAUUACUCGGGAGCACUGACCGUUGUGGCUGUUCUAAUUAUUGCUUUUAUUACUGUAGCUGUUGUACGAUACAAAGCUCGUAAACGUAGAAAGUCUGCAGAGAUGCCUUUGGGUCAUGUGUCUACAGCGGGGAUGUCAACUGGACCAGAAACAAGAUCACCUUUCGCAUCUGAUAAUAUAUACUCAAUACAGGAAGAUAACUCUGAUCCCCCUCCACCUUACGAUCGAGUUAGUAAGCUUAUGUCGAUGAUUGAUUCCAGCCCAUACUGCAAAUCAUUGGUAGAGACAGAAUACCUAAACCACCCCAUACCAACUAUUUAUGUAUCCGAAGAGAUGCCUUCAACUAGCCUUGAACGACCACGACGACAGUUCAUGACCAAAGUUAAUCCUUCUCCAAUACACUCCCCAACACGCACAAUAGAACCACCUUCUUCUCCUGUGCGUUUAACAAAAAUGCCACGGAGUCCCAAACGCUAUUCGUAAUUGGUAUUGGAAAGAAGCAGUGAUGUGUUAUGAUGUGUUAUGAUGUAAGCUUCUGUCGUCAAAUUAUAUAUAUGUACAUUGUUCAUUUUCUACUAAACGUUAAGGAGCAAUCCUCUUUGCAUUAGGCCUAAAAAAGCCAUUCGUAAUCAGUAUUGAAAUGAAAUGAAAUGAAAUGGGGUUUAACGUCCUACUGUUCUGCUCCUAUACUGGGCUAAUGAAGACGGGCAUACGCCAUACAGUGUGCUAUGAGGGAAAUUUUUGCCCGGACAGCGGCACUACGGCCUACUCUUAUAUCGAAUUCCAACUGCCAAGGGAUCUUUUACGUGCACGCCAAUGUGUACACGGGGCCUCGGUUUUUCGUACCAUCCGAACGACUAGACAGCUUUCCUUGUCAGCCCCUCCGUCCUGCAUCACUGACAAGGGAGAACCACGCCGGAAAAUCUGGAUGAACUUUCUCGGCCAAUGCAGGGAUCGAACACCCGACCUCCAGGCCGUAAUCAGUAUUAUUACAAGUUCCUUUCGUCUAAUUCUAUAUGUGUCCACUAAACUUUCAGGACCUAGACCUCUUUGAAUUGGGUUACAAAAGCGUCGAUUCCGUGUGUUAUUUGGAUUGGCUCUAUGAUCAAAACGGAAGUCGUUUUGUCUACUAAUGUAAUUUCAUUUUUUGUUUACUGGGUCGACAAGUAAUCGACAUCAAAUGGGCAUCAAAUUUUAAAAUCAAACGGAUUGUGAUAACCCAGUUCUUAUCAACAUAGAAAAUAAUUCACAGUUCUAAUUCAAUUUUAACGCUGCAAAUUGAUUGUCCAACGAGCAAAUUAUGUAGCAAGUGCAAUUUAAGCUUUAACGAUAUUUAACUGAUGUCGAAUUUACAAUACUAUGUCAAUGUAGUGAGUGGGAGUUACUAGUAUCUAUCAGUCAUAGAUCAAAUGGCGGACCAAAUGACGGAGUAUAUUAUGUAAAACGUUAAAGGGAGAGAGAGAAAUGGGGUUUAACGUCCACUCGACACAAACUAGGUCAUUUCGGGACUAACAUAUGUUUUUUUAUUUUAUUUACAUAAUUCGCUUGUACGUAGGGGUCUUUAGCAGUGGGAGGAAACCGGAGGACCCGGAGAAAACCCACGAGGUUGGACAGGCGACCCUACUCCUUGCCACGUACAACCGGGGAUUCGAAACCACGCCAGUCGACUCAAUGGCAGACUUUAUGAUACAGCGCGCGCACGCUAACCAUUCAGCCAUCCAACCCCCCAAAACGUUAAAGGACCUAAGUCCGUAACUCAAAAUCCUCCAAAAUCUUCGACAUCGAAAACACGAAUUAUUGGUCAAUUUAAAUCCACAUUGAUGAUGUAAACUUACCGGGAAAAGAUGAGCUUCUGAUAUCCGAUAUUUCAGAUAAAAUAAUUUUUUUAACAUUGGUACACGAAUCGUGUACCAGAAUGCGCUUCAGCCCCAGUUGUAUUGAGAGACUCGAGGGACGAGGCUAGACAACUUGCACCAAAUCAAAUGGAGUUAUGUAGACUAGAAUAACUAGACGCUAGAAAUUUGCACUCGAUUGAGAUUGCUGACUUAUUUCGUCGAACAUAACUGAUUUGAAAUUGGAGUAAAAAUGAAAACCAUUAAAUGUAAAUAAGUUUAUAUACAUUCAUAUUACAGUAUUAUAUGCGUUGCGACCCACUUUUGUGAAUUUCUAGGUCCCAAAUGUUAGCGAUUUAGCUCCUUUAACGUUUGUACAAAUGGUUUACAUUUAUUUGACGCUGUAGAUGUGGUGCCUUUUAAUGUAAUUCUGAGGUUGAUAAUAAACCUGCAAAAUACCCCAAUA